CGCAGUCAUAAAUAAAUAUCUUCUUGGCAAAAGGCGACUGUUCACGACACUCGUCUUUCCCACAACUGCCUGAUUUAAUUUACAUUCAUUUUUCCUACGAUUCUGCUACAUCUGCCAGUCAGAUUUCACUUCGGCCAUUUCCACUAUUGAACCACAUUUCGGACCACUUGAUUCCUUAAUACAGGUCUCGACUCAACUGCAGGCAGUUUACACCAGGUUCCUCGCCAUGUUUGGAAAAGGUGCUUCUUCCGGCUUCCAGGGCCACGCCUAUAUCAUCCUGCAGGUCAUUCGAUUCUGCAAUGUCGCAGUCCUCCUGGCCGUCAUGGUAGCAUCGGUGCUCAUGCUCAUCUACGCAAAACUGCCCAAUGCCUUCCAAUUCUUCGCCGACGUUGUUCACGGGCUCGUCUUCUUCUUCGCUGGCCUCCUCAUCUUCACCGAAAUCGGCGUCUGGGGUAAGGGUCAGGAGUUCGUCGCAAGAGCCUGGCCUAUGCUUGGCCCCGAUCGAGGAUUCACUGGACUCGGUGCCAUCAUGGCUAUUAUCGGCUGCCACCUGCUCGGUGGUCUCAACAGUGGGACCUACACUGCAGAUGGCGUACCUCCUCAGAUCUCGCAAGUCAUCAUCGGCGCCGGCAUCAUCGCCAUCGCCUUUGGAAUCACCAACAUCUUCGCCUCUCUCUUGUUCAAGAACGAGAAGGUGCGUGCACGCGAAAUCAGACAGGCCGGAGCGACUACCCGAAACGUCAAUUACAACGACAACUACAGCUCUCGUUCCAACAGUACCCGCAAGCCUGAGAUUAGCAAUCCUAUGCCGGUGGGCGACCACUUCGCAACUGGCGCCUCUGACUACUACGCUGAAGACAAUAAGUCAACAGUUUCGUUUGACUCGCGUCACAGCCCGAUCAUGCCACAGAUCAGUCGACCACCUACGGCAAUGCACCCGGCUAACAGAAACUCAAUCUAUUCUGAGGCUAGUCACAUUGACCGUUUUGGCAACAGUAUGGUCUAAGCUUGCAAGGUCCCGAUCCAGCCACGAACCAUAAUUUUAG